AUGCAAGGACGAAAAUGUGGUAUUCAUAUGAUAUUCAGAGAAAUUCAGCCAAGUAGCUCAUCGGAAAGUUUUAGCUCAAAUGAUAAAAUUUGUUGGCUAAGAUGUCAGUGCGAAAAUGAAAGUUAUAUUAGAGAAGGUGAAAAAUGCGUUGAAAUUCAGCAACGAACUGCAAUAGCAAAUAAUUCAACAACCGUUGGAGAAAUUCCGAUUCAGUCUGAUUCGAUUAACAAUACAAGAAAUUACAAAAUUGGCGAUAAAAUUUUCGAUUACGGUUGCCAAAGAACAAAUCAAAAGUGUGGAACGAAUAUGAUAUUUAAAACUAUAUCGAAAAGACGUUUCCUCGAACUCACCGAUCGGUGUCUUCAAAAAUGUUCGUGUAUCAACGAUGAAUAUAAAGAAAAUAAUGGGCAGUGUAUUAGAUUUAGUGUAUAA